GACGGCAGUCGUCGGUCGGUAAAGGCUCACAGUCUCUACAACUGAACCUCACAGCUCCUGUAAACAAACCAGAACAACAAAAACCAAAUCUACAAAACCGUUUUUGUGUCCAUUUUAAACCUGACUCGACUUCACCUUACAACCUACGGACUCGGUCAAAAGUGUACCUCGAACGGAGCAGGUCCGGUUUGGGGAGCUACGAGGUGGACAAACUAUAGAGGCGUGCGCGGGGAGCAAGACAACGGGAAGACAGGAUGAAUCUCAACAGUCAUGCCAUCUUUACCCUCUAUACUGUGUAUAGCAUUCUUCUUAAAGUGAUGGCUUCCAAAGGCAAAGUCAGAGGCAUCAGCGGUCAGCAUCCCCUGGUUCAGAAUGUCACCGUGACAGAGGGCGGGACGGCCAACAUGACAUGUCGUGUGGAGUACAACGACAACACCUCCCUCCAGUGGUCGAACCCAGCACAGCAAACUCUCUUCUUUGGUGACAAGAAAGCUUUGAGGGACAACAGAAUCGAGCUGAUCCGUGCGUCGUGGUCAGAGUUGACCAUCAGCAUCCAUGAUGUCACGCUGUCAGAUGAGGGCAUGUACACCUGUUCUCUCUUUACCAUGCCCAUCAAAACAGCCAAAGCCUACCUGACAGUCCUCGGUGUGCCGGAGAAGCCCAAGAUCGAGGGCCUGUUGAAACCCGCCUUGGAGGGCGACCACUUCACUCUGACCUGCAUGACUCAUGGCAGCAAGCCUGCUGCCGACUUGCGCUGGUUCAGAAAUGAAAAGGAGGUCAAAGGUGCCAAGGAGGUGAAUGCCAGCGGGAAGACUUUUACAGUGCGCAGCUCGCUGCAGCUGCACGUGGACAGACGUGACGACGGAGUGGCAUAUACUUGCAGAGUGGACCACGAGGCGCUCACGCAGACGCCACAGCAGACCACCGAAGUGCUGGAGGUCCACUAUGCUCCUCGGGUGGAGAUCGUCCACUCUCUUGCGGUCCCUCAGGAGGGUCAAUACCUAAAACUGGACUGUGUGUCCGAAGGAAACCCUUCCCCAGAUCCUGUGAUGUGGACAAAAGAUGGCGUGGAACUUUCGGACCUGAGCAGGGUGAUUGUGGAGGGUCGGGAGCUCACAUUUACGUCACUGAACAAGACGGACAACGGCACCUACCGCUGUGAAGCCAGCAACCAUCUCGGGACCAGCAGCGCUGAAUAUGUACUCUACGUGUAUGAAGAACCCACCACCCUGCCUCCAUCCACCACACCCCCCUUCCAUUCCAUCCCCCCAGAUUCCACUGCUCUAGUAGGCACCCACGCUUCAGACCCCACAGUCACUGGAAACAGAGAUCCCAACGCUGUGGGCCAUCACGGCACGGACCACGCUUUGAUCGGAGGAGUGGUGGCUGUGGUGGUCUUUGUCACCUUGUGUUUAAUCAUUGUUCUGGGAAGAUACCUGGCCAGGCAUAAAGGAACGUAUUUGACAAACGAGGCCAAAGGAGCGGAUGACGCGCCCGACGCCGACACGGCCAUCAUCAACGCCGAGGGCAACCACGCGCACGCCGAAGAAAAGAAGGAGUACUUCAUCUAGACUGUAGAGGGCGCACCCUUUGCCAUCCGUCCCUCUGUCUUUUUUUUAAUUAUUAUUUUUGUUUUAUUUUUCUUAAUUUUUUUUUUUGCCUGUCUCCAACCUGCGACCACUAGCGACAGAGGCAGCGCACAGACGGAGAGGAUCCCACGGUGUUCGCCCUCUUUUUGGCUUCAUCUUCAUCUUUGUCUUAAUCGUUCGGCGGCCGUUUUCCGCAGGCAUCGCUGCCAAAGUUCAUUCGUAUUUUUGCCCCUCGACCCUGGAAAUCUGGAAAUCUACCAUGACUGCUAAGUUCGUACACCCCCAAGUCAGACACCUGAACACACCACCAUGAGCCCUGCCACUCCCUUAUGCUGACGCAUACCCCCCUUCUCCUCACACACACACACACACACACGCACACACGCUCACAAACACUCACACAUAUAUCUCACAUCAACACGGUGCCUAAAAAUACAGUCGCCAUUGAACUCGUGUCAAUGCCUUCAUGUAUCAGUCAGUAGCAAUGUAAAUGCUUUUGUAGAUGGUCACUCGGACGGACUAUCAUCCCAUUGCUUAGCUCACAGCAUUGUGUUUUUGAAUUUUUAUUUUUUUUUUUUCAAUGAUCAUCUGUGCUAUUUUGCGCCUUAUACAUAUCUACCACACUCAAUAUGGUACUUCUUAGAGGAUCCCUCCUUCUUUAAAUAGACUUGUAAUUAAAACGACGAGCGAUGUAAGAUAAGAAGAAGGCUUUGUGUGACACUCGUGUAGGAAGGUUGCUCAGAUACGUGUAUAGUUAGUAGAGUUGGGGUGUAGUGUGCUACUGUUUAGAGCUGAGAAUACACACCAAAAAAUAUUUAGCAAACAAUGCUAGAUGAGACAUUUCAUUUAUCGAGAAUAAUAGGACGGCAUUUUCUAAAUCUACUAUACUGAUCUACUUUUUGUGUAUAUUCCUGCACUCAUUGGCCUUUUUUAUUGUCCACAUGAUGGCUUCAGGUCGACUAGCUGUAUAAAUUGUAUUUAAGUUAGUGAAAUCUUUUAUGUCAUAAUGAGAAGAGAAAGAAGAAGAUCCAGAGAAAUGUAAAAUUAGGAAAUGAGUCGAAAAGAGUGCAUUAGUUACAUUAUGUACAGGGAUUUUGUGAUAAAUGCAUUUAAUUUCUGUAAAUUCUGCUUUGAUGUGCACUUCAACUAGCAGAUGGAUUGUGAAGAAUUUUGUUUUUUAUGGAGAAUACAAAUUAACUUUUAAUAGGGAGAUGUACAAAAAGUUAAGCAAACGUUCAAACGUGAGUAUUUUACAUUAGCACGUGUCACUGUACAAGUAUGUAGUACACAAGAUGGCGCUCAGAAGGCGCAGGGACACUUGUAUUAAUGUGAAGUAUUUACAUUUGAAUCCCCCACAGAGAUGCACUCCAAAAAAUGUCACCCAAAAAAAAAAUCAUAAUUCCCUUGUGUUACUUUACAACUCGGUUCUUGUGAGAACAGGCUCUCCAUUUAUAUAAUAUCUUACGGUUAGCAAAGACCUCCUCACUUGAACGCUGUAUUAAGCAGUGUGUGUCGCUGGCAUGACGCUCACUCGGUGGAAAUCCACUUUUUCCCAAACGAUCAAACGUUAGGGGAAACAAAAAAGUAUAAGAUGGAGUCUUUGUGUUCCAUUGCAAACAACUCAUUUGCCUUGGGGGUGGUUCUUUUAUUCAAACCGACAGUGGAAAGAGGACAAAUCUUUGUUUCCAAAAUGUGAACACAGAUGGGGGGGAAAAAAAAAAAAAAACUAUCAUUUUUCUUUGAAUGGUUUUAAACUCCCUGCUGUGUAAUGUGUCUGCUAAAACGUGUUUGAUUGUGAAAAUUGCUGUUGAAUUCCAGCUCUCCUGUAAUCUUUUUGUAUAUUAGCAACUUUAUCUGGUUUGUUCAUUGUGGGUUUUUUUUUUUUUUUUAAUAUACUUUGGCCAAUUUUUGCAUUUGUUUUGGCACAAGGUAUAUAAAUAAUG